AUGAAUAAAUUACAACCUCUUGAAGAAGUAACUCGAAACCUACGUCUAAUCGCCAACGAUGAGCCGGAAAGUAUUGGAAACGAAAGCUUGCAUGAAGAAACAACGAAUAAAUCUGUAAAUUUUGGUUUAGAAAACAAUUGGCGACACAAGCAUCUAGCAUACAAGCGCAACUUUGGUAAUUUAUGUCGAGUAUGGAAUAACCCUCACGAUAAUAUCAAUGCGGAUAACUCUAGGCUCGCUCAGAUACAACCAGUCGUACUCUCGGUAAAACGUUCAAACGGCAAUGUAAAUUCUAGCGGGGAGAGCUCAAAUGAACCUCUACCAGCUCGAAAUAUCUCGAGACACCACACUCAGCCUGAUUACCACAAACGACAAGAGCAACGGAAAAUAUGGAAAGAAAAUCAGGCCCUAAUCAAGCGUUUGCAAAGUACCAAAACAACAUUUAAUACUAAGGAAUGGGAGAAGGAUGACAAAAGGUCCCAAGAAUUUCUUAAGAAUCAGGAGAGAAGACGACAAGUGCUUCAACACGAAUUGCGCAGAGCUCAAAAAUCGCCGGAAGCGCUUUUGCGCUCUGAACCGCUCAAGAGUUAUUGUUCCAACCAUAUCAAGACAUGUUGUGUCACUUCUGCAAUUGAUGGAUUCGGGGAACCGAGUGUUCAAGAUUUGGGACACCGCAAUUUAAACAGGAAAGUUCGGAUAAAGAAGCGGGAUAUCAUUAAUAAAAAAUUACAGCAUGAAAGUACCGAGAAGAGCUGGCGAGUGCACGACCAAAAGUCGAUGCUUCUACGUACGGGAAAUGACGAAGAACUACAUUCGGCCAAGGCAAUCAUCGCUGAUGGAGAGGCAAGCGCCGUGCAUACUGCUUUUGUACCGCAAACUGAAAACGAAAAGAUGCGAUUUGCAUUGCUAUGCGAAGAAAGUCGAAGCUUGAGCACGAAUAGCUCGGAACAGAGUGAUAUGUUGGGCUUUGAAACCAGUAAUCGGAAUGUGAUGGGUCUUUAUGGAGCAUUUUCACCUGGAGCUGAGUUAGAAGCAGUGUUGAAUGCGGUUGAAGUGAGCGAUAAAGACCUUCACAGCGGUCCACCAAGCACAGCGAUUGCUGCAGAAAUGGGGAAUAUGUGUGGCUUGAAUCAAUGCGAAAGUUGUAUCACUGAUUUUCUGAGUUGUGAUUUAGCAUUAUCCGGUGGCGCUGAAACUGAUAAAGUCUCGGCACCUGAGUCGCUGGAGCAAACACAAACACUGCCAGAUAAUCAAGAAAAGGAAGCAAGCUACAAUGGUAAUUACUUCGAUAACGAUCGUAUUCCAUCUGCCAGAGCAACGGAAAGAAAGCAGAAUAAGCACGAAAUAAACGGAGCACCAAGACCGGACAAUGAAGCUGAUGUAAAGAACGAGGAUGAAGCCCAUAAAAAAUAUAAAUAUAGGGAUGAAAAAAGUGUGGAAUACCAGGAAGAAAGCAUGGACGAUGAAGAGUACUCCCAUGACGGUUUUGAGUAG